AUAACCUCAAAAAACGUUCCUAACCUAAUAAAUGUAAACAACCUGUCAUGUUGAAGAAAUCUAAUUUCUGAAUCUGAACUCAAUAAAAUGAACAUGGAAAGAAAACGGGAAUUAUCACCUGAUGAAUGGUCUUAUUUGACAAAAUAUUUCGUCGGAAACAAUUAUAGGUUCAGAGAGAAUAUCAUCAUACCAAGAACAUUAGGUCCAGUACAGAUAAAAACCAAUGAAGAGAAAAUGAUGGAAGCUUUCCUGGAGAGCUGUCCAUUCAAAUCGAUGAUGAGUUGUGUAAUAGGUUAUGGUUUGGGUGCCGUCAUAGGUCUAUUCUCAUCUAGUGUCGGCCCCAGCGCCACAGAAGUGGAAAAUCAGACUGCUCGCCAAGUCUUUAGAGAAAUGAAAACCACCACCUUGAGUUAUGCCAAGAAUUUCGCCCUUAUUGGAGCUCUAUUUUCAGCUGUGGAAUGUAGUAUAGAAUCGAUGAGGGGUAAGUCUGAUUGGAAAAAUGGUACAUAUGCUGGUGGAGUAACUGGGGGUCUGAUCGGUUUAAGAGCUGGUGUAAAAGCAGGUGUCAUUGGAGCUGCUGGAUUUGCGGCUUUCUCAACUGCUAUUGACUACUACAUGCACUCAAGAUUCUAACCAGGGGAUGUAGAAUUUGUGAAGAAAGUGAUGUAUGAUUUUAUUUCAAAUUCAGCGUUUACUCUUGUUUGUAAUGAUAAACAUAGAAUUCUGAUUUGAAAUUGCCCAGUAUGAAGAUGUAAAUAAAGUGGACUUGACUUAGCUGUA